AGAAAGAUCUCAAGCGCCGGAUAGGACAAGUAAACCCCAGCGCUGCUGCUCCAAACCACGUACCCAUCUUUCGCGGUAUCGUAUCAGUGGCGAGUUCACAAUGAACGUGUUUCAGCCAUUGUUGCUGGCGGUGACGUUGCUGUGCUGUGUUGCCGCCCAGAAUUCGUUCAGCUUUGAGGAUGGCAUCCCGGACGUACGCUGUCCGCAGUACGACAAUCCGACGAAGCCGAUCCAUCUGGCCCAUCCGACCGAUUGCGGCAAGUUCCGGAAGUGCUUCAGUGGCCGUGCCUUUACGAUCAGCUGCCCACCGGGCCAGGAGUUUGGCGAACAGAUCCAGCGCUGUGACUACCCGAGUUUUGCCAAGUGUCGCCAGGGAAUGGCACUGGCCAAACCGGAACCGGCCGGUUUCAGCUACGAUCUGGGAAGCACCGACAGCCGGUGCCCACGGGUCGAUGACCCAAUGCGUCCGGCCCAUCUACCGCAUCCCACCGACUGUCAGCGGUUCUUCAAGUGUUUCGCGGGCCGUGCCUUUGAGCUGGAGUGCCCACCAGGGCAGGAGUGGGCAACUGCCCUCAAUCGCUGCGAGUUCCCGUUCGUGGCGAAGUGUAACGCACGGCGUGAGGAACAGAUACCACAGGAGCCACGAGUUGAGGAGCUAGAAGAGCUGGAAAAUGAACAGCAGGAAGCGGUCGAACAAGAGGAACAAGAAGAGGAAGUGAAGGAGCAGGUCCCGGAAGAGGGAUUCGUGCGCCCGGCCAAGGCAGAGUUUACCUACAAUGCCGGUGUGAUUGAUGCACGCUGUCCCAAGUACGAUGAUCCCUACCGACCGAUCCACCUGGCGCAUCCAACGGAUUGCCGCAAGUUCCAGAAGUGUUUCGAUGGUCGGGCCUACACGAUCGACUGCCCGGUUGGUCAGGAGUUCGGUGCUCGUAUCAACCGCUGCGACUACCCUCAGUUUGCCCAGUGCUCGCAGCAGAUGAUGCGUAAGAGUUUGGCCAAAAAGGCGGCGGUCCCGGUGUACGAUGAUUACUACUCGGACGAGGAUUACAAGGACUCGAUUCCGCUCGAUUCCACCGAAUGGACGCCGGAACAGCGCGAGAUGAUUGCGGGCAUCAACGAUGGCCGGUGCCCCGAUAAGGACGAUCCGGCUGAUCCGGUGCACUUCAUCCAUCCGAAAGACUGCGGCAAGUUCUACAAGUGUUACGAUGGGCGUGCGUAUCUGAUCCACUGCCCGUUGGGGCAGCACUGGAGUGUGCGCUACGAUCGCUGCGACUAUCCCAAGGUUGCCAAGUGUACCAUCCGUGGUGGUUAGACAUUCUGCCAGAACACGUAACGAAUGCAGAAGAGAAGGGGAAGUGGAGUAUAGAGAGAGAGAGAGAGAGAGAGAGAGAGAGAGAGAGAGAGAGAGAGGGGAAAAGAGAAAAGGAUGAGAGAGCGUGGGGCAACGCUAGCGUUAGGAAAGUAUUUAUUCAUUGACAAUUGACCGCACACCAGAAAACAAUAAA